AUGGGCAUAGAGCGCAAUGGCAGUCCCGGGACCCCCGGAUAUGCCCACGAUCAGUAUAUAGCGAAUAAGAGCGUAUCUGAAGCGACCUUUACACCAGAAGAUGCGUUAAGUUUGUUUAAAGCCUCCAACAACGGCACCCAAAGUGCUUUGGCCCCAGAAGCUAGUCCAGAGCCAUCUUUGAUACCAUGUGAUUCCAUUUCAGACCUAUCUGGAUUGUUAAACGCAGCAAAUGAAGGCCAAAAAAAGGCACAAAAAUUAGCAUCAGAUGUGCCACAAUAUAUGCCAAUGAUGCAAGGUUCUGCCCUUGAGCUGCAACAACUUCGGCAAUACGCAAUCGACGGCUUUUGCACAGACACGGGCUUUCUUCAUCAGCUCAUGGCCCUCAAAACACAAAUGGCAUCCAUGCAGCGCAGCAUCACAGAUAUUCCGGUGUUAGAAGAGUCACUGGAGGCUGCGACACGGGAAAGCCACGCACAGCGGCGCCGAGCCACCGCCCUCGAGGCAGAUCUUGAUCGCCUCCGAAUGGAGAAUGGUGUACUUCAGCGGCGACUUAUGGAACAGCAUGCGCAAGAUUCUGAAGAGCGCACUUUGCUUGCCACAGAACUGGAGACUCAACGAAGAAUGGCAAGCGUGGCUCGCGCCUCGCUAAAUACCCUCACCGUCAAAAUGGAAGAGCAGGCACAGGAAAGCGCGCGAAUUCUUUCAGAGCAACAGACCCUCACACAUGCAAACACACAGCUUGAGGCUCGAUUCGAGGCACUUCAAGAGGCACAUACUGCACUACAAGCCACACAUGCUACGCUUCUCGCUGCUGUUGACCUUGAACACGAACGUAAUCAAGAUGCCGCAAUUGGAAACAAAACAGGAGGUUCCCACGGCCAAAAGGGCUCUUAUGCACAAUUAUUGAUGGAAAACAUGGCUCUAGCGGCGCAGCUUACUGCAGAGCAAGCAGAGGGUAGCAGAUUACAGGCCUGUCUUGCAGCCGUAGCAGCUUCUCUGGAGGAACACGCACCACAGCUUGCAGAGGGCGAAAGGGCACGCCAGCGCCUCGAUGCCCUCGCAAUAGAGUUUGAAGAAGUGCUGGAGAGUAGCCAAACAGCAGCAGCACAGCUGGAGGUGGUCAGCGCAGAAAGACAACAGCUGGAGCGAGAAGGCCGUCAGCUACGUGCCUAUAUUAUGGACCUCGAGCGACAAGUGCGCGUACUGCUGUCCCAGAUUGAAGGUAUCCCUGCAGAGCAUGAACCUCAGCAAGGUGCCACUUUUCGUAACAUUUCCGAACUGCAAGAACGCAACAGCGAGCUCUUGCAAACAGUCCAUAAGCUUUCAGCCGCCCUUGAGUCCACUCAAGCUAAUAUAGCUGCUUCGGCAGCAAGUAGAGACGUUCCCAUUGGAUCGUCCAUGGAUACAGAGGUCAGCAUAGACGAAAAGUCAUCUCUUCGCAACAAUUUCUCUGUCAAUGCUGUGAAUGAUUCUCCGAAACCAUCUUCGGAUAUUUUGGCUUUGCAGUCUGCGAAAUCUUCGGAGCUGGAGCGGCGUAUUGCAACUCUGAAAGAAGAGCUUUCUUCGUUGCAGGUAGCGCUUUCUCGACGUGAUGAAAAUGUUGCUUCAUUAGAAGCGGCUCUAAUACGACGUGACCAAGAUGCCGCAUCACUACGGGACGCAUUGUAUGAUGCACUUACACAUUCAGAAUCGAUGCGACUUGAAUUGGGGCAUGUACAACGUGCAGCACUCGAUGCAAAGGCUGCAGCUGCAGCGUUACAGGCAGAGGCUGCGGCUACCGGAGCCGAGCUUCGACUGACACAAUCUUCUAUCGCUUUUAUGGCGACAGGACAUGCAGAAGAAAGAGCUUCUCUCCACACUGCACUCUCGUUACUGGAACGCAGACUUGCUGAUGCAGAGCAUGCAUAUGCGGCCGAAAGGCAGGAUGCUACUUGUAGGCUACAGAUGCUGGAGGACUCUGAGGCGGCGCUUCGCGCUUCACUCAGCGAUUCUGAAAGACUUGUUAGAGCCACGACACGUAGCUCCACUGAAAGUGAGGCUUUAAUUCGCGAAGAACGCAUGAAUGCACAGCGAGAAAUAGAAAUUCUGCGCGGACGCCUCGCCACUGCAGAAGCCGAGCUGGUUGAAAGCCAACGUCGCUUGGAAGCCACAGAGGGCCGUCUUGAUCUUGUCCUCGGACGACAACCAAACAAGGGCAUGCUAGAUGAUAUUCCCUUAUCUCCGUCUCAUCGAGAACCUACAAUAUCUAGUCGGGAUUCCUUUCCAUUUCAUGUGGAGCCAUAUCCAUAUGGGGAUGACGCAUCUCAAAACUCGGAUACCAAGGACUCUGCGAUGCCCAAAGGCCAAGCACCAUCAGGCGCACCGCAAUUGGCGCGCAAAUAUUUGCGUAUGGCAGAGGAGGCAAUGGCAUUGCGUGAAGCACAAGCAGAAGCGGCAACUAACCUUCGUGCUUCAGAAGAUUUAGUUCUCCAAUUGCAAGAAGAGCUUGCAACAGCACGAAAAGAAGCGCUUGCUCAGGAUGAACGUAUUUCUAUUCAAGAGGCACUUGUUAAACGCUACGAAAAUGAUCUUGAGGCCUAUAGGCGCUCAGAGAGACUUUCUAUGGAGCAAUGCGCCACCAUGGAGCGGCUUCGGGAAGAGCUAGACGAGGCGCGGCGCACUCAUAGCCUUCUUGCCAGUGAACAUGCAGCGCUUCUGGUGCGUGAUCGUGAGCAUGCUGCUGCACUAGCUCAGGCCAAGAGUGAACUUGCAGACGCACAGACGGAAACUACAACGCUUCGCGCCACCAUAGACGCUGUGGCAGGCGAGAGAGAUGCUGCUGAGGCUGCCUCCCGCGCCCUUGUUGCGGCCACGAAGAAUGAAAACGGACCCCAUCGAUCUGGAAGUGGCUUUUCCACAGAGAUUGCCGCGCUAGAAAUUGCUGCUCUCGAGGUAGAGGCACAGCGGUUACGAAUGGCAGUUAGGCGGCUAGAGGCUGCCCUGGCUGAAGCGCGCCAGCGGCGCGACGAUGCUAAAGAUGUUGCUGGAAAUGCCGUCGAGCUUCAAGCGCAACUCAGAGUGAUCCUUGAUUCGAACAUGCUACUUCGUGAUCAGGUCCAACAUAUUGAGGCUACACUCCAUGAAAAAGAGGCCGAGCUCAAGGAGAAAACUGCACAGCUAGAAGUUGUAUCGUUGAACUUGCGUGAAAAAAGCACCAAGCUCCAAGAGACCGAUGCUAAAGUAUCUGCAUUGCGGGAAAAAGUUUCGGCGCUUCAGAAGCGGAUCUCAGAGUUUGGUAUGCGAGAAGCUAAACUUGUCGAGAGAGAGUCAUUGGGUGAAACCAAAGAUGCAGAGCUUGAAGGCCUGCGCGAAAAGAUGGCAGGGUUAGAGGACACUCUGCGCCUCAAGUCGCAACGUAUCGAGUCUAUCUUGGAAAAAUAUCGUGUGCUCAAGCAAGGCUUUCUCGAUGAAAAGGCUGCUUUAGAACAGCGUCUCGCGCACCUCACCAUGGAGCUAUCUGAGGCUACGAAAAAUUCUCAGGACCAGCCAUCGAUUGAGGGUCAAGAAGCGGUCUCCUCCCAAUCUAACCCUGCUGCAGAUGCUGUUCCCGAGGCCUCCACGUCUUCGAUUUUGUCUUUAACGCCUUCUUUUCAGCCAAGCUCGAAUUCUACCUUUGAGCCCAAAUCCACUACACAAUCUUUAUCCUUACCACAGCCUGUUGUUGACACAGAGCCCGAUCAAAGUAUUGAACACUCAGCCGCAGAACGCGAUCAAAGUAUUGAACACUUGGCCCCAGAGCGCGAAAAUGCCAAAGUAUUAUCGAUAUCGACACCUGGCCAUAUGGAAUCACCAGAUUCCAUCCAUCCUCUCAGCGACUUUCAGCCUCCAGAUUUUCCAGAUUUUUCAGCCCCUGCUGACAGCAUCCCCCCUACACAUUUUAGCCCGGUCUGUGAGCCAGUUGACGAUUUCCAGUCCUCAGAAACAGAUCAGCCCGAAAUAGAAUCAAUCACAGCCCAGACAGAGCAGGAUUCAUCUCUCUCUGCGACUUCUGCCGCUUUGGCUUCUGACAAGACCACAACCAUUGACUCUUCGGUUGAGACACAACUGCUUUUGCGGCAAGAAGAGAUUAAGCAAAGGUUGCUGAAACGUCUCUCUGACCGCCAACAAGCCGAGAGCAAUGGAAUUAACGUAGACAAACGACCGUUUCAGCGGAUUACGCCACCGGAAUUUGCGGAUGGAAUGGCAGCAUCCAGCGAUAGCCCACCGGGACUUGCUUCCAUCCUUAAUCCCUACCUUAAGCGGUCGAAAAGCGGCGGUCUGACACGCGCAGCCGGGGUUCCCAAAAGAGGAAAAAAGAAAAAAAUGCGGAGCGCGUUUGUAACUGUUGGCUCUACACGCUUUGAUGAGCUCAUCCAAGCCGCGCUAGAUCAUCAAAUAUUGCACACGGGCUUUUAUCAGAAUCUAGGCAUCGAUCGUAUUAUCAUCCAGACCGGCAGUUAUUUUCCUGCCGAUCCACUCGCCCUGCUAGAUGCCAGGGAAAUUACAAAUCACGUUCAAGUAACUAGCGAGAAGAAUUCUGUAACGUCGAAUGUAGCGUCUAAUGACGGGAAAGCGGGCAUCCGGGUUUUUACUGUGCCUGGAACGACCAUUGAGAUCCAAAGCGCGGGAAGCAUUCUAGAAGUGUUGCGAGCACGCCGGUCACUUAUCGUGAUGGCAAAUGCGCGGCUGGCAGAUGAUCAUCAACGCCAACUCGUAGAUGCAAUGGCAGGACGGUAUCUCCUUGCUGCAAAAUGCUACAGAGAACUUCAGACGCUUCUGUGUGAUUCAAUGCUUCAAGCGCGAUUAGAUGCUUUGGAGCAGUAUCCACAGGCCGAUCCAACGCCUUUUUACUCUCUCCUCAACAAUGGAUGA